UACCAAUCCCUCGCUUUGAAUUUUUCAGUUUUUUUUUUUUUUUUUGUAAUUAUCUCUCUCCUCUAAUAUCACAAAUGGCUGGUCGUGGCAAGACUCUCGGAUCUGGUGUUGCGAAGAAGGCGACGUCGAGAAGCAGCAAAGCCGGUCUUCAAUUCCCCGUUGGUCGUAUCGCUCGAUUUCUGAAGAACGGCAAGUACGCCGAGCGUGUUGGUGCCGGAGCUCCGGUUUACUUAGCCGCCGUUCUCGAAUACCUCGCCGCUGAGGUUUUGGAAUUGGCUGGAAACGCAGCGAGGGAUAACAAGAAGACUAGGAUUGUGCCACGUCACAUUCAGCUCGCGGUGAGGAACGAUGAGGAGCUGAGCAAGUUACUUGGAGAUGUGACGAUUGCUAAUGGAGGUGUGAUGCCUAACAUUCACAACCUUCUUCUCCCCAAGAAGGCUGGUGCUUCAAAACCUUCCGCUGAUGAAGAUUAGAUUAGUUAUUGUGUUGUUGUGGUUUGCUAGUUAAUUAAUGUGUAGCUUCUUAGGUUCUAAUUAGAUCUGGUUUAGUUUGAUUUGGUUUCAUUAGCGGUCUGGUGUAGAGUCCACUUUGUUUUAAAAGAAAUAUUCUAAAGUCUUAUGAUAUGAUAUUGAAUUUGUUAUGCUAAUA